AUGGGCACCAGCCUUCGCAGUGCCGCUGCAAGCCGGAAUGGUGUCCCAAGACAGCUUGCUGGGAGGUCAUCGUCAUUGAGGCAGCCGUCGUCCUUGAGCGCGGCCAGGGGAAUCCCCGACCGCGCUGGCGCAGCAUCCCCAGCAGAUUCUGUGUCGACCACCGCAACAGGCAUGAAGCGCAAGGAGCGCGACUUCGAGUCUGAUGCUGGCGGUGGCGGUGGCGAAGAGACAAAUAUCAAUGUUGUUGUGAGGUGUAGAGGACGGAGUGAACGCGAAGUCAAAGAGAACAGUACCGUGGUGGUGCAGGCGGACGGCGUCAAAGGAAACGCAGUCGGGUUACUGCUGGGCCCGAAUUCUCUGAGCAACAAGUCAUAUGCUUUCGAUCGUGUCUAUUCGGCCGCGGCAGAUCAGGUCAUGGUAUUUGACGAUACGGUCAGACCGAUAUUGGACGAGAUGCUUGCUGGAUACAACUGCACAAUAUUUGCGUACGGCCAGACCGGCACGGGGAAAACAUACACCAUGUCAGGGGACAUGACCGAGACGCUAGGCAUACUCUCGGAUCAGGCGGGCAUCAUUCCUCGUGUGUUGCAUGAGUUAUUUAAUAAGCUCAAGAUUGACGAUAGGGAGCACUGCGUGAAAUGUUCCUUUAUCGAACUCUAUAACGAAGAACUCCGCGAUCUUUUAUCUAUUGACGAAAGCGCAAAGCUAAAAAUUUACGACGACGCGUCAAGAAAAGGGCAUGCCUCUACGAUCGUUCAAGGCAUGGAGGAGAAGCACAUCAAGAAUGCUUCUGAAGGUAUUAAGGUGCUUCAAGAUGGCAGCUUGAAACGACAGGUAGCAGCCACCAAAUGCAACGAUCUCAGCUCUCGAAGUCACACUGUCUUUACUAUCACCGCCUAUGUUAAGAAGACAAAUAACCAAGGUGUAGAUGACUUCGUUAGUGCAGGGAAACUCAAUCUAGUCGACUUGGCUGGAAGCGAAAAUAUUCAGCGAUCUGGAGCGGAGAAUAAGCGAGCUGCUGAGGCUGGUCUUAUCAAUAAAUCGCUGCUAACUCUUGGCCGUGUUAUUAACGCGCUGGUGGACCGAAAUUCGCAUAUUCCCUACAGAGAAUCUAAAUUAACGCGCUUGCUGCAAGACUCACUGGGCGGGCGAACCAAAACUUGCAUCAUUGCCACCAUAUCUCCAGCUAAGGCGAACCUUGAGGAGACGAUUUCCACUCUUGAUUAUGCAUUUCGCGCCAAGAACAUCAAGAAUAAGCCUCAAGUGAACCCGAUGCUUAACAAAAAGAUGCUCUUAAACGACUUUGCUAAUGAAAUCGAGAAACUAAAGAGUGAGCUGAUCUCAACGAGACAGCGUAAUGGGGUGUAUUUAUCGAACGAUGCGUACGAAGAUUUGACUGCUCAAAAUGAAUCUCGCCGCAUUGUGCUGGAGGAGCAGAGUGCAAAGAUUGAGACCCUGGAGACCAACUUGAGGAACAAGGUCCACGAGCUGUUUUCUAUAGCCACGUCUCUUAUGGGAUUACGAAAGGAUCACGAUGGAAUUAAAGCCCAGCUGGACAACACAAAGGGGGUGCUUGAUCAGACGGAAAUAGUGCUGUCCGCGACUCGUAGAACACUUGCAGAGGAGACACAGUUACGAAAGGCACACGAGAAGACGGAGGAGAAGCUUACAGAAAUCGGGGGACAACUCAUUAACAAGCUUCACAAAACGGUGAAUGACGUUACUGGUCUCAGAGCAAAAAACAAACGGAAGUCAGACCUACAAUCACUAAAUCGAGCAGCUUGGAGCACAUCACAAGCGCAAGUCGCGGACGUCACAUCCAUGGUUGAACGCCGAGUUCUUGAAUUCCAAGAGGAACAACAAGAGCAUAUUUCUAGUGUCUCAAAACGAAUGACCGUAUUCGUGGAUGAAGAGCUGCGAAAGCUUUCAACCACGCAGACAUUGCUGGAUGAGCAUCUGAACCUGUUUACUGAUUCGAAGAAGCUGCUACUGGAGAAGAAGCAAAGGUCAAAGGAGGACAUGGACGAAGUUUUGGAUGAGAUCAAGGUGGUUCGAGAUACAGUUAAAGAGAAGGUUGGGGAAAGGCUUCAGGUCAUGUCACAGGCUGCGGAGAAACUAUCAGGAGACGUUUUGCAAGAAAUGACAAAUUUUCACACUCAACUUCAAAACUCUUACAGUUCGCUUGGAAAGGACUUCAAAUCCAUCUUUGAAGAUCUCGUCAAACAUAUUACAGCACAGCGUAGUGAGGCCGACAGCUUACGGCGGCAACUGCAAAGUGCCAUGAAUACAAUUGCUUUGCAAAAUACCGGCCUCUCUAGGCGAGUCCAGGAAGCGCUAGAAGAAGAGCGACGACAAACUGCCGAGGACCGCCAGAAGUUGAUGACCCAGAUUACCAGCUUGAUCAAUUCUCAAGCCGACGCACAAGAGGCUCGCCUCGCAGAUAGGGCAACUCUUAUUCAGAAAAGUGUUAGCGAAUCUAAUGCUUCUAUGGAAGCUGCGAUGGUGCAAUACAGCCAAGGAAUGGAGAGCUGGGAUGGCAAGGAAAAUGAGUUGAUGGAAGAGGUCAAGAAGUCUCGCGAGCAGUUAAAGACCAAGUUGAAGGACGACUGGACUUUAGCGAGCGACCAAAGCACAUCAAUCCAAAACAUGACCAAGUCUAUUCAUGCUGAGACAGCGCGAGUUGCGGAAGACCAAACGGACGACUUGGAUUCACAAAUGGAGGCACUGGACGACUUUGUCAGCCGGGCCAAGACGGAAAGUGCUAGCCAUCACGAAUCUCAUGGCCAGUCUUUACGGGCGCUGUCUAAUACGGUGGAACAGUCGUUUGGUAACAUCUCGGCGCACUUCAAGGCAACGUUUGAAAGAGUCAAGAAUCUUGGUGAAGGCAUGGAGCUGGACACGAAUGAUUUGCGUGACGGCCUCGAACCGCUAGAGUCGCAAGUUUGCCAGCCGCUAGUCAACCUGCGCGAGGGCAUCACAUCUACCACCCUGCAGGAGUACCAACCCACGGGUGACACGCCUCAGAAAUCGACGUACCUCUUCCCGACGAAGCUUCCUCGCACGGAACCUCAUGAUGUCAUCAUUUCCAAGAUUGACGAGGAGCAAUCUUCACUCACGGGCGACGAGGUCAACGAUAAAGACGACACUUCCAUCAUGUUUCCAGACAUUGGGCACAAAAGCUCCCCCAUCACGGCAACGAGACAGUCCAACGCCGGCUUGUCGGACAAGAACAUGAGUUUGCGCGAGGUCAAUCCUAAUGUGACGGCCAAUCUAACCGCCGGUACACUCGCGUUUGAUCCGAGAGCAAGCACAAUGAGCAUGCCUCCUGAACACACGAUGCCCAGCUUUAAGAAACCACUGAAGGGAGUAAGAAGUGUUAGAAACCAGCCCGUGCUGGCGGAAGGCAGGGAGAAUAUCUUGGUUGGGUUUGAGCAGAGUCUGUCUAGGAGGAAGAGUCCGAGGCUAAAUUAG